CUUGGCGUUUCAAUUGUUUCUCUGCGCUUCAGUUUUAGCUCCAGCCUCAACUGUUGGUGCACUGCGACGCGCCUUCGGGCCAACUCAACCGAGCUGGUUUUCCGCUCGUACGGGUGCCUCACUCACGUUUGUCGUGUUUUGUUUUGUUGUGCUCGUGUGUCUUGUCUUCCCUCCCUGCCGUUGCUGUUGCUCCCCCGUCUGCAUCAGAGGAUGUCGAACUCCUCGCAGUAUGGCUUUGCACGCCCCCAGGCUUGGACGCGUCGGCCACCGCCAGUGUCGCUGUCGCCGUCAUCCGAGUCGGUGGCCCUGACGAGGGGGCGGCGGCGGCAGUGGCAGUGCCGAAAUGAACCUGGAGACCAGCAAGGGCUAUCGCGACGCGCACGUGGCCUGGGUGUGCCAAGAGGACCACCGCGGCGCCCCCGUGCACCCCCCGGGCGGCGGCGCUGGGAACGGCGCCGAGACGGCCGUUGCGGCGCUCCCGCACGACGGUAGGGAAGCGAGCGCGGACUCUGACAGGCCGCCCGGCGGCCUCGGCCUCGCGAUCUACGCCCCGCGGCGCGGCCUCCUGGAGCUCUGGGACGUCGGGGCGCCGGAGCGGCCGUGGAGGGUCGGCGCGGCGGCCGUGGGCCUCGACUGCCAGCUGCUGGGCUGGCAAGGCACUGCGCUGCUGAUCCAGAGGACCGGCAGCAUCGACCGCGUGUGCUGGACCUCCGCUGACUGGUGCAUGGUCGUCGGCCAGGUCGCCCAGGCUGCGAUCCUCGGGGCGGCGAACAUCGGCGGAGCCUGGCUGGGCCGCUGCCCCGCCUGCCCGCCGCAGCCGGGGUGCCCGGCGCCUGUGCUGAGCUGCCCACCGGUCUCGCUCACUUGCCCGGCGCCCCCGGCGCCGCCGUCGCUGAGCUGCCCGCAGGUGACCUGCGCGGCGCCCUCGUGCCCGCCGUGCGAGGCGCCGGCACGCGAGGAGGCGGCGCCUUGCCCCUCGCCGGCCCGCGAGGACGCGGGCGCCGACGGCCGCGCGGGCGCCUGCCUGCCGCUGUGGGCCGUGGUGCUGAUCGCGGGUGCGCUCGUCGAGGACAACAUGCUGGCCGUGGUGUCAUCGUCCGACCUGGUGCCGGGGGACGUGAUUCUAGUCCGCUACGCCGAGGAGGAUCUCUGGCAUGAGCGAGUGCUGUGCUGGGCGCUGCCCGUCGACAAGAGCGGUGCCGUGCACUGGGUGGUGGCAACGCCCGAUGGGGACAUGUAUGCGGAGACGAUCGAGGGAGGCAGUCCCGACGACAGCCCGGUGGAAUGGAUCCGCCCGGCGACAGACGGACGCCUCCCUGCUGGGUUCCAGGACGCCGUGUACUCCUUCCAGCGCGGCGAGAUCGACGGGGCCUUCCUUGAGAAGUGCGUGAAGAAGGGCGCCACCCUGGCGUUGAAGGGCGCCAAGCAGCACGGCGAGGCCCCUGUCACCAUGACCGUGGCCCGGGCGCCGGACGGCCGCAGGGUGCCGAUCGAGGACGUCGUUGGCGCGGGGUUCGUGCAGCCGGCGCUCCGUGAUGGCGCCCCUGACGGCGCAGACGCGGGCGGCGGCGUGGCAGCGGGGACUGCUACGCCUGGGACCGGCGUGUGGCGCGUGGUGGAAGAGGGCAACUCGUUGGGCUACGACGUGGGCCGCGAGGUGAAGCCCGUGACGGUGUACAUCGGUUGCAAGGGCGUCUACUCGCCCGACGGCAAGGACGCGGUGUUCGUAGAGUUCAGUGACGAGGACGAGGCUGACUUCGUCAAGAGGGUGGCGCCGCGUCCUCCGCCCAAGGAGGCCCCGGCGCAGGACGCGCGCACGCUGGCCAUCAAGUUCAGCCCGCAGGGCCGUAUGCGUGACUGGCGUGAUGUGGUGGAUAGCUGCCAACAGGAAGACUUCGACGACUUCCCCGUGAGCGGCCCCCGCAGCAUGAGCUGGUGCCUGCACUUCCUGCGGCGGCACCACACCCCCUUGGACCAUCAUCUGACGUUCCGCAGUACGUGCUCUCUGAAGCCUGAGCAGUGGGGGGUGGCAGAGCAUGAGACCUUGCUGCGCAUCAUCGAGCUCGCGGGCCAGUACGAUCAAUUGGACGUGACGAACCUGGCGUGCAUGGAGGCGGCGGCGCGCAGGGUACAGACCAUCGAGUGGGCGUACCACGAUAAGAUCAGGGAGACCGACGCGGGGUCCACCUCGCGGUUGUCCAUCGAGGAGGCCACGGCCUUCUCGGGCCUCAGCCGGGCGGGGGACCUGAUGAUGGUGGCGCCCGCUCUCCUAGAGCACGUGAAGUUGCAGGUAGAGAAGGGCGCGGCCAUCAUGAAGAACAUCAGGAAGGCCAAGGGGGAGAGGGAGCUGAGGAGGAAGGACAACAAGGGCAACAACAAGGACAAGGAGAAGGGGCGUCGCAUCCUGAGGCGCCAGGCCGUCGCCAACCUAGCCAACCGGGCGAUCUACACCCUCAACGACCUGGCGGGCGGCGAGCGGGGGUCUUCCGUCUCGCAGCCUGGCGAGCGGCGGGCUCCGCACGUGGUAGUGCAGCGACGUGUAUGCGCGGCCGCCGCGGCGAUGGGCCCGCCGCCUGCUCUCUCGCCCUCGGGGGCCCUGCAGGAGCUCCGGGGGUGCACGGUGUGCGAGGACGUCCAGUCCACCGUGGUGCCCUUCGACGAUAUGAAGGCCUCCCUGCCGGGGGCCCCUCGGGAUACCUACAUGGACGAGGUGCUUCGGAACUCUCCGCAUGAAUACCGGCGGCUGGUCAAGAGGCUCGAGAGGGCCGGGAUGAUCGACUACGCCAUCCAGCCGCAGGAGUUUUGUUCGCUCUUCUUCGUGAGAAAGAAAAACGGGAGCCAGCGGCUGGUCGUCGACUGCCGCCGCUCCAACUGCUGGUUCUCGGCCGCGGACCCCGUCCAGCUCAGCGCGGGCGCUGGCCUCGGGAACCUCGAGGUGCCGGACGGGGCGCGGCUGUGCGUCGGCCACGUGGACAUCAAGGAUGCCUUCUACCACUUCGAGCUGCCGGAGCGCGUGCGCAACUUGUUCGCGCUGCCGGCGGUGCCGGCCUGGAUGGCUGGCCUUGCUGAGGACAUUCCGGGCCUCGAGCAGACCUCGUUUCUGCGCGACCGAGGGCCAGCGCCUGCGACCACCCCCGCGUGCCACACCGUCUACGUUGACAAUUUUUUGGCGCUGGGCACCUGCCGAUCGACAGUCGAGCGGCUGGUGCGUCAGGUCGAUGAAGCUCUGCAGUCCUUGGGCCUUCCGACACACGAGGUAGCCGCGAGCUCUCUGGAGGAGGAGGUCCUUGGGUGGGAAAUCAACGGAAGACUGGGCUUCAUUCGACCGCGGCCUGAGCGUGCGUGGCGCAUGCGUCUUGCGCUGGACGGCUCGCUAGAAACGAGGAAGGUGUCCGCCCGCGACAUCGAGAAAGUUGUGGGGCACUGCACCUUCCUAGCCCUCCUCAGUCGGACGUCGCUCUCCAUCUUCCGGUCCGUCUACACCUUCAUCGCUCGUCAUCGUGAUCACGGCACCGUGCCGCUCUGGGACUCUGUUCGCUGGGAGCUCGAGGCCUUCAGGAACGUCAUUCCCUUGAUUCGUCGUGAUUUUGGGGCUCCGUGGAGUUCGAAGGUUAUGGCAUCGGACGCUUCCUUCUGGGGCUACGGCGUCGUCUCACGCGACCUCCCUCCGGACAAAGUUCAACAACUAGGGCGCGUCAGUGAACGGUGGCGGUUCUCGGGUAAGGCUCAGGUCAGAUCUCGUGAAGGGGUUCUGGGGCCUGACGGGGAGCUCGACAUCGGCGACUGGGUGAAGGAGGUGGAGGAGGACAGUCAGGAGAGAGAGGGCGCCCUUUCGGAUCUGCCGGAGGUCUUGAAGGAGAAGGGGCGGGCGGUGCUGAUGAGCAAGAAAUGGGGGGUCCCCAUCUCCAACAUCGUUCAGGGAGAGGCGCCUCUGCUGGCAAGGUCGACGCCCGGAGCGACCGCCGCGCCGCGGGCGACUGCUGCGGCGCCGCGCGUGGGCCCGAGGACAUGCCCGCGGCUGCUGCGCAGCGCUGCCGCCCAGCUGAAGGCGGCGCGGCGAGCGCUGCGGCUGCCGGUGGCGGCCCGACAGCGUUAUGUGCAGGCUCGGUCAGUCCGGACCGAAGCGGUGCGCCGACGCUACUCGGAGUUCCUGGACGAGCUGGACCAGUGGCUCGGGCUCAGCGGCCUGAGUCGCAGGCCGUGCCCGAGCGACCGCCUGGCUGCUGGGACCGUAGACCAGUUCGACCAGGACGCGAGCGACUGGAUGAACGAGCAGUACAUGGAGGGCUACGACCACUGGCGCGGGUCGAACCUGAUGGCGGCGAUCGCCUGGGCGGACCCUCGCCUGGGCCGCGCGGGGGGGCACGGGCUUCCCCUCUCGCGGCAGGCGCUGAAGGGCUGGCGAAACCUGACGCCGGCCGCCAGCCGCCUGCCGCUGCCGGCCGAGGUGGUGUUCGCCAUCGCGACGGAGCUGCUGGUGAUGGACCGCUGGAGCAUGGCCUUGUGCACCGUGCUGUCCCUCGUGUUCCUCAUGAGGCCCGGCGAUUGGAGGACGGUGCGCGUCGAGCACCUGGCGCCGCCUGCUGUGGGCGGCAGCCGCGGGCUUGCCCGCUGGAGCCUGGCGCUGCACCCCUUGGAGAACGAGGGCAGCCUGCCAGGCAAGACGGGCGAGUUCGACGAGUCGCUGCUGCUGGACCUGGACGAGGACCAGUGGCUGGCGCCGCUUUGCCGGCGGCUCGUGCUCGGCCGCGACCCGCAGGAGCCCCUGUUCGCCUUCAGCCAGGCCGAGUUCGCGCGGUGCUUCAAGAUGGCCGGCGCAAAGCUGAUGCUGCAGCGCCCUCCGCCGCCGUGCAUCCUGCGGCACUCGGGCGCCAGCCGCGACUUCGCCGAGCAGCGCAGGACGCUGGUCGGGGUGAAGCGCCGGGGGAGGCGGCGCACGGACGCGAGCGUCAGGCGCUACGAGAAGGGAGGCAGGCUGGGCAGCGAGUUCUCCAAGCUGCCGCUCCGCCUCCAGGGCCAUGCGCGCUGGUGCCUCUGGUACCUCCCCGCGGCGCUCUCCGGAUCGCUGCGGCCGCGCGGGUUCCGCGCCCUCUGCCCGCCGCCGCUGAGGUCCAACGAUCUCGUCAUGGGGCUCGAGGGCCUGUCUGCAGCUGACCAGGACGCUGCGCAGAUCAACCUCGUGCUGAAGAGGCCGCGCUCGCUUGACAUACGGGAGCCUCAGAUCGUCGUGAACUUCCCUCUGGAUGCUCUUCCUUGGCAUCACCGAGUGCUGCUGCAUGCCAUGGGCGACGGGCGCUGGAUGUGCCUGACGCCGGAUAUGGAGAUCACGCAGCACAACUUGAAUGAGCUGCGCCACUAUGUCCUCGAUCGGAAUGCACAGUUUCCUCGGUGGGUGCUGGCUGGUCUCUAUGCCUUCGACCCCAUCGACCCUGGGGAGCUGCUUGAGCUGAAGCGCCAGGCCCGGCAGCGCGCGGCGCUGCUAGGGGCUGGCGACCCCGAGGAUGAGGCGGACCUCGCCUCGGUGAUCGCCGAGCCGCAGGACGCGAGGUUCGGCGAGGUGGUACCCGAGGAUGUGGUGGAGAACCCGAAUCGGUGUGCCCACCUGCGCAGGAAGGGCAUCGUGGUGCUGGAUGGCCAGGAGCGGAUGAUCGAGCUGAUCAGCCGCGACGAGAGGGACGACUGGAUGAAGGAGCGGAAGGAGAGCUGCGUCGACAUCCGCCUGAACGGCGACCAGCGGACGAAGAUCGGCCGCAGGGACGUGGACUUCCGUGACGCCGUAGAGCAGAUGGAGCAGGUGGAGCUCGCUGACUACACCGACCUCGGGCCACGCGCGAUGGGCGAGUUCAUCACGUCGGUGGCCGUCGGCAGUGGGAACCUCACUAGCUACCAGGCCGAGUGGGAGCGUAUGAGCGGGGUCUUCUCAGGGGGUGCUCAAUGCCAUGAACACCGUUCGCUCCUGGAGAUCGCCCGCCGCGCGAUCUGUAUGGGCCAGCUCAACGUGAAGAACCUCCACUGCGUGGAGGCGCUGGUCAGGCGGUUCAUUCAAAUCGAGAUGGCAGUACAGCGUAACCCACGGCAUCCAGACUUCUCUGGUCUUGAGGAUGCCGUCGGCGGGCCCACAGGUGCGACGGGCUCUGCCGCCGUCCCGAGGUGCACGGAGUUUGCGGUGGCCCGCCAGAAGGACCGCGCCAACAUUUUGAAGCAGAUGAGCAGGGCUCUGCCGCGCCUGAUGACGGUGGGCGCCCUCGACGUGGAGCUAGAGGCCAGACCAAGUCUGAGUGGUGGCCUCGCGGACAUCCAGGAGCGGAUCGACUUCUAUGGGAACCCCUCGAGCGAAGCGGUGGACGGCGAGAGGUCCCUCCGGGAGAUCCUCAGAUCCACUGACCAGUAUGACCUGGAGCCGCAGCAUUUGGCGAGCUACGACGUCACACGCCUCAGGGUGUGCAAGGGGGACAUCAACUCGGUUCCCGUGACGGAUUUGCUACCUGCCGAGGCUGCAGGUUUUUUGAGACACUUCCAGAGCCAGAUCGAGCUCUCAGAACCCGAGAUCGCCGAGCGUGUCCGAGAGGCUGGGGGGAUGCCCGAGCCGUGCUGGGAUCCUCGGCUUCGCGGUGAUGCUGAGCUUCGACGUGACUUUUUUCGCCGACUUGCUAAGAUCGGCAUCGUGGGUUUUAGGCGGGCCAUCAAGUCCCGCUGCGGCGCGUUCUUCGCACACAAGAAGGACGGCAACAUCAGGUUCAUUUGCGACGCGAGGGCGACGAACAUGUGCCAUCGUCUCCCUCCUCGGGCGGUCUUGGGAGGUGCAGCUUGCCUCUCGGAGAUCGACCUCAGCGGCUACGCUACGGCUCUGGGGGGCUUCGGUGGCGUCUGUGAGCCACGCUUCUCGGGCGCCGACGUCAAGGAUUGUUUUUACCAGCUCGCCAACGAAGAGAUGGGCAGCUGGUUCGGGUUCGACUCCGCGUUGACCAUCGAAGACUGGGACAUGGGCAUCACGCGCGUGUGGGACGACGAUGUGGGGGACUGGACCCCCGCCCGGGCGGGCGAGCUCCUGUUCGUUCCCCUGCCUCCGUGUUUUACCGAUGGGCUGGGCCUGGGCGUUGUACUUUGCCCAGGAGGCCGUCGCGCAACAGGUUUGGCGCUCUGCUGCAGAUGGAGAUCGGCGCUCCUUCGAGACAAGCGACCUGCACCCCUCCUGCGCCCCGGGAGGCCGUUGGCCGCCGUGUACGUGGACAACUUCACGGGCGUGGGGGGCUCGGCCGCCGACGCCGAGCUCGGGGUGCGGGCCUUCGAGGAGCGGGCUGCCGAGGCGGGGCUGGCUCUGCGCGCCGCGGACGUGGCGGUGGAGGAGCUGGAGAGCUUGGGCCUGGUGCUGUGCGGGACCGACCGCCGCGUGCGCCAGAGGCCCAAGCGGGUCUGGCGCUUCUACUUCGCCACGAAGGCCUUGCUGAAGCGGGGCCACGCGACGGGGGCCGAGCUCCGCGUCUGGGCGGGGCAUGCCGCGGCCCUCUUGGGGCUGCAGCCCUGCUUGCUGUCCAUCUUGCAGGACGUCUACCACUUCAUCGGCGACGGCAGCCGGCGGCGGGCGGCGUUUCCUGCGACGGUCCGCGGGGAGCUCCGCAUGGCCGCCAUCGCCUGCUUUUUGACCGAGGUCGACCUGGGCGCGCCUCUCGCCGACGAGGUCCACGUUUCGGAUUCGUCGUCCUCCGGCUUCUGCCUGAUGUACGGGCGGAAGCCGCUUCGUGCUGCGUGGGAUGCGCAUCGCUGGCGGGGGCGCUGGCGGUUCGUGGAGGUGGAGGCCUGGUAG